CCCUCCCCACCCACCUUCCGGCGGCGGCCACCGAUCUCCUCCCCGGACUUGUCCCCUAAACCAGUUCCGCUCCAGAUGCGACCUUCCAGAUGAUGAAGGAAGAUCAAAUUCAUUCUGCAGUCGGAUUCGAAGAAGGAAGGGAAAGGUGCCAAUUUCGUUCUGUCUUCGUAUUCCAAGAGGAAAGAGCUCAAUUUCGGUUUGUAGUAGAAAAAGGAGCUGUUUUUGUAUGUCUGCGUCGCGUGAGAUAAUAGUAAAUCGGUCGGUUUACGGAUUCCACACCGGCUAGAAGAGGUUCGGAAACCUCCCGUCUCCGUCUCUUCUUUUGGGAUUGGGAUCCGAGGAGACUAUAUAAUAAGAUCAGGCUGGGCGCCGGCGAUUGUCGCACACGGAGGGGUCAUCCGUUCAAGAUUCGUUUUUGUUUGUGUUCUGUUUAUCCUCGCAAGUUGGUCUCUUUUGUCAUCGCAUCAACAUGAAGUUUAACAGGGGUCGCCGCCACCGACGGAACUCGAAGGCAGAAGUUGAUAGUGGAGACAUGCUAAGCAAGCUGCCUGGCGAUAUACAAGCUUGUAAUGGGGACAGGCUAAGUGAGCUGCCCGCCGAUGUGCUGCUCAACAUUCUCGAGAGGGUGGGCACACUUGAUGCUGUAAGAACCUGCAUCCUUUCGAAGAGAAUGCAUAGGCUGCCAACUAUGCUCUCGCAGAUCGUCAUUGAUCUCAGCCCUCGUGAUUUGUUUCAAAAAAGUGAUGUCGUGGCUGAUGUGACCAACAAGAUUCUUAGUAGGAGGCCUCCACAAAUCACCAUUCGCAAGCUGAAGCUCAAAUUUGUCUUGAGUCCUCCUUGCUGUCAUUCCAUAGGCAAAUCCGUUGGCCUGGCCAUGGCAACACAUAAAUUUGAUGCAGCUGAGUUUGAGAUCUUGACACCGAAGGAUUCCCAUAUUUGCACUGAUGACCAUCGUGUGCUCUUUGCUGACCAGUUCAAUAAUUUUGUUCGUGAUUAUCCAGAUGCAUUUGCUGGUCUCACGCGUCUGCAUCUACGGAACAUGAGCUUUGGUGAAUCAGACAUACCCAACAUUCUUCGCUAUUGCAAGGUGCUGGAGUCACUGUCUUUCUUCAUGUGUGGCGCGGGGAUCAGUUCGGUGCUGCAUGUGGAACAUACUCGUCUCACCGAACUUGUUAUCUCCUAUUGUGAAUUCAAAAGAGUGGAGCUCAGCUGUCUACCAAAGCUCCAACGGGUGACCUUUGGUAAUUGGACCUGUGGUUGCUCAAAAAAAAGUAAUUGGCCCUGUGAUAAAAGUCCGCUGAUUCUUGGUUUUGUCCCGCAACUUUCGAAGCUAAGCCUUCCUCAAGCUUGUCUUUCACGGAAGACCCUCAACCUAAGCCAGUUGCUUGCUAAUGUCCCCACUGUAAGCGAUUUGUAUCUGGAGUUUCGAAGCGAAAAGGUUUGGAUUCGACCAGAAUGCCCAAAAGUGCUUGCUCCGGUGCUCACCCAACUACGGUCUGUGAGUCUGGACAAUCUUCCCGAAGAAUGUGACAUCUCUUGGACAAUGUUCCUUCUUGAAGCUGCACCAUCCGUAGAGGACCUGUGCAUCACAGUAUGGGAUCAUAAGUGCCGGAAGGAGUCACAAAAGAGUCGCUCCAGGAAAAUGGAUGUGCAUUGGGAGCCAUCUGAUCCUGAUUUUAAGCACAAGAAUCUGGCUAGGCUAACUAUCUACGGUUUCCAGUCCGAUGACAAUUUCAUCGGAUACGUUAGACGAGUCAUUCAAGCUGCGGCGAACAUCAGGGAGGUAUCCCUGCACGACAGGAAGGUAUGCCGAUUGUGUUCUGAAAAGUUUCCUCAUCUUGGUGUUCGUCCUUCGAGUUAUCCACGGACCAGCGAGGAAGUGGAUUUGUUGAUGAAGAAUAUGACAGCGGCGGCAACGACUUCUCCUGAUAUUCACUUCUGCUCAUAAGGUGGAGUUCAGCAUGUCGUAUGUGGUUGGAAGGAUUCCCCUAUCUCGAAGACCCCAUUAGUAGCUACUACAUUGCAUAUUUUGCAGAAUGUAUCUUGGCUACCAAUUUGUUGGAAUGACUCAUUUAGCUAUUUUCGACAAAUGAAUCGGAUAAAAUAAGCACGUCUAUGCUGUGGUUGUGCAGUAACGUGCUUAUGUGAAUACAGUCAAUAUUCAGUUCGAAUGGUGCUCUGUUAUUUUUCCUA